CUGCUCAGAAACUCUCUGAACACUUGGCAGGACAGGACUGUCUGUGGUGGGAUUUUGUCUGGUGGUUGGGUAGGCUUGGGUAUUAACCUCAGAAAGACUCAAUUCUGAUCUCAAAGGUUCUGCGCCCUGGGACAAGUCUCUUCCCUAUUCUAAGCCCACUUUGCACAUCUGAAAACUGAGGCUUAGACUGGUAGAUUGGCAGGAAGAUUAGAGAAGGUUAGAGAAGGUACUGGGUAUGAAGUCAGCACAAUGCUCUUUGACUACCCAUCAUGUGCUCCCGCUUAUAUAGUGUGGCCAUCCUGCUCUACCUAACACACAAGUAUAAGGUCCCUGACUACUGGUACCCUCAAGAUCUGCAGGCCCGUGCCCAUGUGGAUGAGUACCUGGCAUGGCAGCACACAACACUUCGGAGAAGCUGCCUACGGGCCUUGUGGCAUAAGGUGAUGUUCCCUGUUUUCCUGGGUGAGCAAAUACCCCCUGAUGUGCUGGCAGCCACACUGGCAGAAUUGGAUGCUAACCUGCAGUUGCUCGAGCACAAGUUUCUCCAGGACAAGGCUUUCCUUACUGGGUCCCACAUCUCCCCUGCUGACCUGGUAGCCAUUACAGAGCUGAUACAUCCUGUAGGUGGUGGCUGCCAAGUCUUUGAAGGGCAUCCCAAGCUGGCUGCAUGGCGCCAGCGAGUGGAAGCAGCAGUGGGGGAGAACCUCUCCCGGGAGGCCCACCAGGUCAUCCUGAAGGCUAAGGACUCUCCACCUGCCAACCCCAUCAUAAAGCAGAAACUGAUGCCUGGAGUGCUGGCCAUGAUCCGAUGAGUUCAGAAGUCUCACCCCUGCGCUGGUCAUGUUUCUUCACGAAACACCUUCAUUUUCAGUGUUCCCAGAUGACAGUAGUGGUGCAGCCUUGCUUCCCAGCCCAUGCCUCCCAGCUCAACUCUUCGUUAACAACUGUCAGAGAACCAUGGCAACCACAUCAUGUCCAGACCAGUAAUCAUUGAUUUUCACUUUAAGUUCAGGUUAAAUAAACCUGGGAUCAGCUGUGCUUA